AUGCAGCUACACCCGCCAAACUUGGUAUUUCCAGCGGAAAUCGCCGGAGCCUCUUCUCCUUCACAGCUUUCUGAUGGCCAGUCAAAUGGGGAUGGCCAUCCACUACGUCACGAUGUACAGAACGAUAUGACUACAGCAACAUCUCGGGCAGGCCUCACUCAUUCCAAGUCACAGAUGCCGGUGGCAAAUGAAGUGGCGGCCUGGGUCUCGCCCAUGAGACCAAUCGAAAUCGAAUUCAACUUUCUGGGAGGUAAAAGCGGGUUUCAGCAGGGACUAAUCCGUCAAGCUCAACAAGUCUUGGAGUCCGCUCUGGUCAAUGCGACACAGGCCAUACCUGUGUCCAAGUCAGGGCUAAAUCCCGAUAACGAGAGGGUGGAGUCGGUAUCGCCUGAGUUUCUUGCAUGGAUGUUGCAAGACAUUGGAAGUGCUAAAGGUGGCUCGUAUGUUUGGGAUUAUUUCAAACACGUAUCCAAGUCGAGCUUGAAGCAUAUGGGCUUGAGUUUAUUAUCAAACCAGGUAUCAACAGAUGAAAAGGACAUUUUCACAGUCUGUUUAAGCGCCGCCGCUCAAAAGUUCCUGGUCACCAUUCUUGCGAGUGGGGAGCAUGAUGAUGAACUUGCCGACCAUUUACAACAAAGGAUGCUCAAUUAUAAACGAACUGCUUUGGCAGCUUUGAAUCGGAUUCGGCUCAUGACCACUCCCUCCCUUUCGCUACUCCAGGCCAUUUUGUGCGGCAUAUUCAUUCACCAAGGGUCCGGGAACGCGCAGUUUGCUUACGAGUUGACUCGGACUGCUUGUCGGGUCGCUACUGACCUAGAGCUUCAUUUAGCUCAACCUCGACAUGGCAGGGCCACUAGGACGGAAGAAGAAUCCUUCUGUUUGCUCUGGUGCUACAUGUUGGAUAAAAAUUACGCAUGGAAGUUUGAACCUCGUCGGUGGUACUUCGAUCCCGGACCAGGCGUUAUUGACCAACAUGUCGAUAUUACAACAUCAGAGCUGCUCAAUAUCUACCUCAUCAUGGCUCAAGUACAAGAUGAGGCUUUAUCGUUGUCUAAGACUAUCCUCUUCACCGAAGCACGAUCGGCUCAACACACUUUGCGCAACUCCACGGAGGUUCUGUUAAAGAAGAUGGAAAGGGUGCGCCAACGAAUUGAACAGAUAGCAUCAUCACCAUCGAUCUGUUGGAAGGGGCUUGAACCUGCCAACGAAAUUACUGCAAUCCAAUUUGCCUAUAAUUCUAUUCGCACUGAGGCUCUUUAUCUAUCUGAGAAGUCACAAGGGCAGUCCCUCGGCUUUGGUGAUCUGAUUCUCCGAUCUGCUCGCCAGGAAUUGUCCUCCUUGGUGGCCAUCUGUCUUAUAAGCGAAAAGAAUCGCGCCGUCGGGUUUUUACAUUGGACCUUAAUAUACUAUCCUUUAACAGCUUGGUUUGUUCUCUUCUGCAACACCGUCACAAGCUCCCACCUCGAGGACCUGAAUCUGCUUAAAACAUUGGCAACGGUUCUGAUGCCAAAUGUCUCGCUCAGUCACCCAAUCACCGUCAUAAAACAGCUUUGUGAGGAUUUCAUAGCGUUAUCACAGUCCCACUUUGCCAUCGAGAAUGGCGACGCAGGUAUCGAAGUCGAAAACCCUUCUUCCUCCUUUCACAGCCAGUCACUGCGGCGUCAUGUCGGGUCUAACUCUGCUAUCGCGCCCAUUUCUACCAAUAAUACUGCUUCUUUCCCUUCGGAUGUUUAUGAGACGUGUGCUCCCAACGAACAGGAGGACUCCGCUGCUUUCGAUAUCUUAUUCUCGAAUCCUCUGUCUCUGGAUUUCUCCGAUGACCUCUGGCAUUUCGAUUCCUGUUGA